UUACACAAGCGCUUGUGUAAGGCGGCUGCAUUGAAGUUGUGUAAGGAGCAAAUAUACACCGUAGAAAACACCAAUACCACAUCAUUUUCCAAGCUCUUGAAACAAGCCACGUAUUGGAAACUCUGAGAGCGUGGAGAUGAGGAUGUGGUGGGCGUGUCUUCUCGGUUUGGCUCUGUCAGCUCUCUCUCAAGCUCAGCCCAUGUUCUCCGUCACCACGGAUACAGUUCUGCCUCCUGAUGCUCUUCACAACCCCACCCAGCGGAAUUAUGGGAUGGCGGUGACGGAUGUAGAUGGAGACGGGGAUCUGGAGGUGGUGGUGGCUGGGUAUAAUGGCCCAAACCUGGUUCUGAAGUAUGACCGUACCCAAAACAAGCUCGUGAACAUAGCGGUGGAUGACCCCGGUUCUCCUUACUAUGCGCUGAGAGACCCGCUGGGAAACGCCAUCGGAGUGUCGGCUUGCGAUGUGGAUGGAGACGGCAGAGAGGAGAUCUACUUCCUCAACACUAACAACGCCUUCUCAGGUCGGGCGACUUACGCUGACAAACUGUUCAAGUAUCGUAACGGUCGCUUCGAGGAUCUGCUUGGCGAUGACAUCAACGUGCGCAGAGGCGUGGCCAAUCGCAUGGCGGGUCGCUCCGUGGCUUGUGUCGACAGAAAGGGAACAGGUCGAUACUCGAUUUACGUGGCGAACUACGCCAGCGGUAACGUGGGUCCGCACGCGCUCAUAGAGAUGGAUCAAGCUGCCAGUGACGUCGAGAAAGGCGUCAUUGCGCUGACUGAUGUUGCGCCACAAGUCAACGUAAAUAAGUACACAGGUGGCCGUGGUGUAGUUGUCGGUCCAAUCCUCAGUGACACAUGGUCUGACAUUUUUUGUGACAAUGAAAAUGGACCCAACUUCCUGUUCAAGAACAACGGUGAUGGAACUUUCACAGACGUGGCUGCAGAGGCAGGAGUUGAAGACAGAUAUCAGCACGGGAGAGGUGUGGCGCUGGCCGACUUUAAUGGCGACGGAAAAACAGACAUUGUUUACGGCAACUGGAACGGUCCACACCGCCUCUACCUACAGGACGUCCAGCAGAGAUUCAAGGACGUCGCCACGCAGGCCUUCGCCACUCCUUCACCCAUUCGCACAGUCAUCGCUGCAGACUUUGACAACGAUCUUCAGCUUGAAGUCUUCUUUAAUAACAUCGCUUACCAAGGAAACGCCCCCAACAGAGUCUUCAGGGUGUCGAGGAAGCAGAACUCUGACCCUGAGAUCACGGAGCUGGAUGUGGGCGACGCCUCUGAGCCUCAGGGGAGGGGCACAGGAGCCACAGUGACAGACUUUGACGGUGACGGUCUGCUGGAUCUGUUGGUUGCUCACGGGGAGAGCGCCUCUCAGCCCAUCUCUGUGUUUAAGGUCAACCAGGGCUCCUCUAAUAAGUGGCUGCGUGUGGUGCCGCGCACACGUUUCGGUUCGUUCGCUCGUGGAGCAAAGGUGGUGAUGUUCACGAAACACAGCGGUGCACACACUCGCAUCAUUGACGGAGGAUCAGGCUAUCUGUGUGAGAUGGAGCCUGUGGCUCACUUUGGGUUAGGAACCGAUGAGGCCACCAGCAUUGAAGUCUUUUGGCCAGAUGGUCGCUCCAUCGCUCGGCCGCUCGAGUCCACUGAUAUGAACACAGUCAUUGAGGUUGCAUAUCCUAAUGAGGGGGAGGAGUCAGCGCUCACAUCUGACACACAGGUACGACUGCAUGCAAAUGAGGAGGAGUCAAUGCACACCUUACACAGCCAGUGUGGAGAGGGAUUCAAAGUCAGCACAAACGGCCGUUGCAUUGACGUAAACGAGUGCCGGCGUCUGCCAGCCGUGUGUCCUCACACUAGUCCGGUGUGCACCAACACAUACGGACACUAUAAGUGCAGCUCAAAGAAGAGGUGUGUUGAGGGCUAUAAGCCCAGCAGAGACGGCCGAGCGUGUGUGGCUGUGGCCUCCCGGUACGACAGCAGCGUCUCUUCAUCUCCUGUCUGUCCUUGUUUUCAUCUUCCUGAGCUUCUCCUGGUCUCAGUGCUGGGUGUCUCUGGAGGUCUGGCUCCGUGUCGUUGAGUCUCUGAAGGUUUUCUGUUCUGGUCCGACUCACUGUCUGUCAACACGAUGAAGACGGACCUCAGAGAGAUCAGAUGAUGCACAUACAGGAUGAAGAUCUUCAGUCGUACUUUCAGACCUCAAGAGACUGACUGGAAACAUUACUGCAUGAAUAUUUGUCUCCACAAAGAGAAGUCACAUGAGUUGAAGGGCUGAACUGGAUGAACUCAAGGCGCCAUGCUGAUUGUCUUUCCCCAGACCUUACAUGUUGACACUUUACAAUAUUAAGAAACAC